AUGAGACACCUAACUAGCGCUCUGACUGACCCCCCCUCGAGGGGGAAGGGAGACACGGAGGAGCUGAUGGCGAGGGAAGCAGUGGAGGUUCAAUUCCCUGUUAUCCAGUCCCGCUACUUGGAUCACGGCGAAGGCGAAGGCGGCAUUCUCGAAGGCACGGGUAAACUGCUUGAACUUAACGUGUUAGGCAAACGAUGGUUCGACUGUGCAGAAUGCCAUCGGGAACAGGAGAAGCAUGAGCUGCUACAGUCGUUCGAUAUGACAUUCGCAUGCAAGAAGUGCAAGAAGUGCUUCCGGAAAGAUGCACGGGAGUUCGAGGAGAGCGACGAGUAUUGCCCGCACUGCGAUAACCAUUUUGUCUUAGAGGCAGUCACUCCCAAGCCAGCCUUGAAGAUAGAGGGAGAAGAUGCCCGUAUUGAUUCUAGAAUGUUGAAGGAUGAACGUGUCCGGCAGGAAGACCAGCGGACAAUCUUCAAUGUCAAGGACGCACCCGAUCGGCUUGGGUAG